AAAGGGGCGUGGAUGCUGAAGCAAGUUAAAGAAGUAAAACAGCCUGUCUUCAGAUCUGAGCUGGAGCAAGUGGCAGCAGCGUCGAAGAGGGAGAAGAAACACUAAUCUCUGUUUUAGGUGAUUUACCCCCCAAUAAAGCGGGACAUUUGACCACCUGUGAACCAUGGAAGAAGACGCGUCCAACGCCGAGAAGAGCAGCGUCACCGGCAGCACCCACACCAUCCCGCAGCUGCAGCUGCAGCCCGAGAACCCGGAGCUCCUCAUCCCGAGCUUUACCCCGUCCUCUGCCCCGGCCUCCCCGACCCCGACCAGCACCCUCUCCCGACUGGGUUUCAAAAGUCCCACCAGCCCCACCGCUGCAGUGCCAGGAAGCCCCGUCGACCGCGGCCAGGUGAGCGCCAUCACCGUGGUGGCGCUGCUGGACAAGCUGGUGAACAUGCUGGAGGCCGUGCAGGACAACCAGCAGCGCAUGGAGCAGCGGCAGGCCGACCUGGAGGGCGCCGUGAAAGUCGUGCAAGGUGACGUGACCCGACUGUCCAAGACCCACAUCUGCACCUCCAACAGCGUCAGCAAGCUGCUCGAGCGCUCCCGUAAAGUGAGUGGCAACCUGAAGGAAGUGCGGGAGCGCAUGGACAAGCAGGCGGUCCAGGUGAAGAAGCUGGAGGCAAACCAUACCCACCUGCUGAAGAGAAACCACUUUAAAGUGCUCAUUUUCCAGGAAGACAACGAGAUCCCUACCAGUGUGUUAGUCAAAGACUCCCUUAAGACCCCUCAACCAAGCCAGUAUGAUGCAGAAUCCAUCCACCCUACCCCAUCUAUUGCUUGUGCUACUCCAUCUAUUGCUGGCUCUGUUGAUUGUAGCCGCACCCAAGAGGAGGGCCUUCAGACCAUAAGCCUAUCCUCUGAUGAAGAGGAAUAUCUUGCAGCUCACAAAGAGGAGCUGGCUGAGUUUGAGGAAGUAGAUGGUUUGGGCACUUGCCGCCCAUAUGAGAGAAGGGCUGACAAAUUCAAGCGCUCCAGCCUGAAGAAGGUCGAUAGCCUCAAGAAGGCCUUCUCUCGCCAGAGCAUUGAGAAGAAGAUGACCCAGAUCACCACCAAGAUCGUUCCCCCGGAGAAGCGUGAGAAAAUCAAGAAGAGCCUUACCCCUAACCAUCCCAAGAGCCCAACUGCCAAGAGUUCUUCCUUCAAGGUGUCUCCUAUGACCUUCAAUAUCAAGAAAGUCAGAGAUGGGGAAGUACCCACACAAGAUGUGGUAUCACCUGUGGAAGACGACGCCCAUGUGGAGAUUACUGCUCUGGGAAUCUUGGAUGGAGAUGAAGAGGUUCCCCUUGCAGAGGUGCAUACCCAAGAAGGCAUGGUUGCAGAAAUUCAGGAGAUGCUAAGUCCUUCCAACCUAGAUGGAAUAAAGGCAGAGCUGGCUAUCAAUGGAGAGGCACCAAGCAUUGAAUGUGAGAUAAAUGGUGAGCGUUCUGCAGGCUUGGCAACCCCAGAAAAUGAUGAAAUUGUUGGGGAGGAUGAAGAGGAGGAGGAGGAUAACGAUGAAGAAGGAAAAGAAAAACACAAAAGCCCUGUUGCGACAGAAGCAGAUGCCCAGAUGCCCACAGCAACAAUUGCUGUAGAGCAAGUGUCUUAAUAUGUAUGAUUGAAGAGCAUCAAUUCUAGUUUACAAAUCUUUCUUUUCUGCCUAAAGUUUCUAGAUUUUUGAACACCCAGUAUGCCCAAAUCAUCCUUCACCUUAAACAGUCUUGGUUUCUUGCCCAUUACCCAUCGUUAUCAUCACAGUAAACCAGAAUACACAACACAAACCAUUAUACUCUAAAAGUGUUCUCGAGUCAUCCAUCCUUGGACCAAUUUACUCAAGAUAGCCAUUCCUGGACUGACAGGCUCACCAUCCUUGGACCAAAAUAUUAUGGUCGUCCAUCCCUGGUUUAAUGUACCCAAGUUGUCCAUCUUUGGACCAACAUAAUCGAGGUGCCCAUCCUUGGACUAACCUUUUACAUAUCCUUUGAUUAUCACCAGCCAUGUCUAAAAAAAACCUUGAAGAGUCGACAUGAGCAAGGUUAACCACUAGACCUCACUGUGUAUCCGAAUCCAGUGCAAUUGCUUCCUAAACCCUGUAAAAGUGUUGUCUAAAGAAAGCAACAUUGCACCAAUGCGCCAUCACUCAUUCCAAUCAACGGGUGCCCACCUCUUCAAUAGCAGUACAUCUCCAGGGCGCUGGGCCAACUAUCUCCUUACUGCUCUGUUUAUCUGUCUCUGGAGCUCUCUUUCUCACUGACAAAUAGCCUCUUUGUUCUUUGUGGUUUUUUUUUUUUUGUGAAAAAUAGUAAAUCUUUGGCAACAGAGGUCCUGCCCACAGCCUGUUUGAGGCAGUGUGUUGCCUUGGUUGUGCAAGAGUUGGAAUGAGGACUUUCUGGGUUUAAAGUAGGACGGUCCUGGAGUGUUUUGUAGUGAACUAGAGGUUUACUGAUUUCAUUUGGACCUGUGCUGAAAAAAAAUCCCAGAUCUUAGUUUAAAAUUGCACCAUCUUUUCAAUGUUUUUGUUGCUUCUAUCAGUAUGUCUAACUUGUUAUUCGUGAUUUGAUAACCAUCAUAGAACACAUCUAUUAAAGGUGGAAAAUCAAAGUAUUUUAGUGAAUGUGAUUGCCAAUUGAGUAACAAUAAAACAUCACAAUGGCUGAAAAUUUGGAUACAUAUGUAUAUAUUUUUAGUAGUCAUGUUGCGGAUUACACAAAUCAAAAUCUGAAAGGCAAAAUCUAAAAUGAUUUCUAGUUACCAGUUUACAUGUCUGUGUUCAAUCAUACUGACACAACUGAAGGACAGCGAAGCAGGAUGGAAGCUGCUUUAGAUUGACACGAAUAAACCUACUGAUUUAAAUACUAAUGUUCUAAAUGUAAGAAUUUACUGCCCUUUGCCUUGUCUGCAAGACAACUGUGUAUGUUUAUGUACAGAAAUUAUCUUCUCUCUUUUUAUGUAAGGUCACACUGCUCUCUGUAUUUAGAGCAUAUAAACCGUAAAUUAGUACAUCUAAGAUAACCGCCUUAAAUAUGUGUAUACUUUAUAAAGUUCAAGUUUUUGUGAUUUUUUUCAAAUUACAGUAUGACACUUGGGUGUUCGUAAGUUGUCUUUUUCUUUCAGGCAUCCAUAGACAACAUUUUAAAUAUUUUCGUAGUACACUAUGUUGAAGACAACAACAAUAUCAGGGCUCCAUCACUAAGUCCCCUCCUCCUAGACACACACACACACACACACCUACAGUGCCUUUACAUGCACAAGCUGGUUGGAGUUUUUGCACUCCUAAGAGAAAUGUUUCCUAUCUCUUUGUAGAUUAGAAUGAUAGUUGAGCAUGUCUGGAAGCGUGCAUGUUUUUCCCCUUUCCUGAGGAAUGCAUGCUACUUUUAUUUUAUGGUGAAAAGUUAAUACCAGCUGCAAAAAAAACCCCAAUGCAAUUGAGCUUGAAUGAAGUUCAAAAUGAAUUCACAAUUAGAUUUGAAAGUCAUCCCUGCAUUUUAUGGCCCUGACUCCCUAAAUAUAAUCUAGCAAGAGAUUCCAGGCACCAGGUAUCCAAAAGAUCCAACAGAGGUCAAGGGGUGGAUUAAAGCAGAGGACAGCAUUCCUAGCUUUGACGGAUUGCUCCUGCUCGGCACAUUUUUCAUGGUCUUGGCCCUACUUGUUGAGACAGCGCAGGGCCACAGGUGUUCUUCUGCCCCCGUGGAGGCUCCUGGGCAUGAGUUUGUAGUGAAAGAAGGACAAAGUGUGAGUGCUGGAAGUGUGAGAAAGAUCUUCAGUUAUUUGGAAAGGAUGAUAAAAGAACUUCUUCGAAGUUGCCUCAGGGUUAGGCAUAUAGGUACAGCUUGGCAGAAAGAAGUGAAAAUUGUGAAUGUCUAAAAUGAAUUGUUGAGGGGUUCACAUACUGGUGUCAGUCUCUGCGGGGUUCUAUUAUCUAUACGCCCC